GAAAAAUGGACACAUUCCUCUUCCUUACCAUUCUUCCAUUGCUCACCGCUCUGCCAUGCUCAUAUGCUCAGUCGAUGCUAAGCACUCGCUCAUCCUUAUCUGUAGAAGAGCAUAGGCAGACCUUCCUUACCUCACCAAAUGAUGAUUUUUCUUGCGGCUUCUAUGAAGUUGGAGAGAAUGCAUUCUCCUUCUCUAUCUGGUUCACCAACACCAUGGAAAAGACUGUUGUAUGGUCUGCAAACCCCAGGUCCUUGGUGAAUGGCCAUGGUUCCAUGGUGUCUCUGAACCAUAAUGGAAACUUGGUCCUCGCUGAUGUCAAUGGCACCGUGACUUGGGAGAGCAAGACAAGCUCUGGCGAGGGCACGGUGGUUUCCCUUCUUGACACCGGCAACCUCAUAAUCAAAGACUACACUGGUGCAAAUUUGUGGGAAAGCUUCUCUUCACCGACGGAUACAUUGCUACCAAUAAUGUGUCCGUCUCACUUGAAGAAUGUAAAAAGACAUGCUUGGACAUUUGCUCCUGCUCAGCUCUCACAACGGAGGGAGUACAAGGCAGGAUCUGGAUUUUGCUACACCAAAGCUGUACUCUUCAAUGGUUACAGCUCCACAAAUUUUCCUGGCGACAACUAUGUCAAACUGCCAAAGAAUAUGAGCAUCUCCAGACAGUCUCAUAUCACAUGCAAUCCGGAUAUUCGAGUGGUUGUACAAGGAUCUGCAAGUAUGUAUGGAAUGAAUGAUGUCAACAAGAGUUAUACAAUUUAUUAUGUGUUCGCAGCAAUACUGGGAGCCCUAGUCUUGCUCUUUAUCGGUACAAGCUGGUCGUUUCUUUACAGCAAGCAAAAUAUACCUAAGUCAAUGGAAGAAGGUUAUAGGACUGUGAUGAGCCAGUUCAGGAUGUUCAUCUACAGGGAAUUACGGGAAGCAACUGGAAAGUUCAAGGAAGAGAUUGGAAGAGGGGGUUCGGGAAUUGUUUAUAGAGGGGUACUUGAAGAUAAGAGAGUGGUGGCAGUGAAGAAACUAACUAGCGUUUCACAUAGUGAGGAGGAAUUCUGGGCAGAAAUGAAUAUAAUUGGAAGGAUCAACCAUAUGAAUUUAGUAAGGAUGUGGGGGUUUUGCUCUGAGGGUCAACACAAACUGCUGGUGUACGAGUAUGUGGAGAAUGAAUCACUUGACAAGUUUAUAUUUGGUAAUGUAAGUGCUGAGAGAUUACUUGCAUGGAGCCAACGAUUCAAAAUAGCACUAGGAACAGCAAGAGGCUUGGCAUACCUCCAUCAUGAGUGCCUUGAGUGGGUAAUCCAUUGUGAUAUAAAGCCAGAGAACAUACUCCUGACCCGAGACUUCGAAGCAAAGAUAGCAGACUUCGGACUAGCCAAACUCUCAAAGAGAGACAGUUCCAGUUUCAAUCUCACCCACAUGAGAGGAACAAUGGGCUACAUGGCGCCAGAGUGGGCACUGAAUUUGCCGAUCGACGCAAAGGUUGAUGUAUACAGUUAUGGCGUUGUACUUCUCGAGAUUGUGACUGGAAAUAGGAUCUCAAGUGGGAUUACAGUGGAUGGGAAAGAGGUGGAGUUUAGACAGUUUGUGCAUGCAGUUAAAGAAUUGCUGGAGAGUGGAGAUGUCAAGGUUAUAGCCGAUGCUAGACUGAAUGGCCAUUUCAAUCCUGAGCAAGUGGCGGUAAUGGUGAAAUUGGCUUGUCUCGAAGAAAGAAACAGCAGACCUACAAUGAAUGAAAUUGUAAAAGCUCUACUGGCAUGUGAUGAUGAAGACAAUCACCCAGCCUACUCAUGGUGACCGGCAAUAAACAACAGUGUAUCAAUUGCAAUAAGAAGAAUUGGUCUAGUAUAUUGCUUGAUAUUUGAAAGUAGAGGAAAAUGUUGCUAGAGAAAAUGUCAGGUUGUGUGUUGCAUAAAUCUUUCUGUAGAUGGAACACUAACUGCACUGUAUUGAAUGUUGUCUAUAUGAAUUCUUGCAUGAAACAUA